AUGCACGAACAAAGUGAUAAUAACCUGUAUCAACUGCUAGAGACUCUGUUGGAGAAAGCUAAAACCAUUGACUAUGAACCUUACCAGAAUGCAGAGUUGUAUGACAGUGAGGAUGACGAGAAGCCUGCUGCAGGUUCCCUAAAGUACCAUAGUGAGAGAUUAGCUGUUGCCCUCGGGUUGCUCCAAACACCUCCAGGUGCAACAAUUCGUGCCACAGAGAACAUCACCAUGCGCAGCGACUGCCACAGUUCAAUUAAGCUCUUUUCAUUACUUGCAAACAGAGAGAUUGUUGUCCCGGACAGUAAACGCCUUCACAAGUUCAAGGAUGGCCAUUGCUCUUGUGGGGACUUUGGUGCGCUAUGA